UUUAAUGUUGUUAAACAAUACCGAAUAUGUUUUAAUCUUAUAAUUCGUUAGAGAAACCUUCAAGUUUUGUCUAUAGUUGUCAGUUUUGUAAUCCAUUGUGAAAUAAGCCAAGGCUUGGGAGUUCAGCCGGUAGGGGCGCUAGUUUAGAGCGGCUGGCAAAACGUUUUGGUGGGAGUGAGCGUUUGGAAUCCGAUGUUGAAUGUUGUGUUGUUGGUAACGUUCAACUAUUUCGUUUGGUAGAAUUUAUUUUUGCGAGUGAUAUAUAUUUUAGUUCCUUUAGUGUUUUUUGUUUAAUAUUACUGGAAUGUUAUCGGCAUUUGGGAUCGUUAAUAUAUUUUUAUUUUCCACUGUUAAUUUAGUAUUUGUGUUGUUUCAAAUGUAAUGACUUUCAUCCACAGUUCAAAGCACCUGUUUUAUCUUCCAAGAUGACAUCAGUGUUUUCAACAUCAUUUUUAAGUUCCCUGACUUUGACAUGGCUGACGACGGCCCUGCUGCUAGUGGAGAUGUGCUCAGGCCAGCCACACCCCCGGGAAGGCUACUUCAACGGCAGCUCUUACGUCAACAUCAUCUCCCCCCUGAUGCUGAACAAGCACAUCGGCCUUAGCUUCCGCACUUGUAAGGGUGGCCUCCUCUUCUCCCAGAGACCUUCACUUUAUUCCUCAAUCACUUUAGAUGUUAAACCAGAAGGGUUGGUUUUUACUGUUAACAUUCGCAACCACAAAUAUGAAUCUCGAAUAUCUGCUAAUUUAUUAGAUAAUGAGUGGCACACUGUAAAUAUUCUGUACAGGAUGGGAAAUCUUACAAUAUCUACCUCAGGUCAUAUGCAGGUCAUUGCCAAUUCUACUUACAACUCAGAAAUUUUAUCUGAUCCUGAUCUUACAACUGGCAACGAAGUCUUAGUCGUUGGAAAAGGUUUCGUUGGUUGUAUUUUGGAAGGGCCGAGUAUAGUAUUCAAUGCCAGCCAAAUGCAACACCAGCACGUCGACUGGGGUCCUUGUCCACUCCCCAACAGAGCUUGUGAAGUGGUGGAUCAUUGCGCAAAUGAGCCCUGCAUGUGGCACGGUCGCUGCAUCCGCCUUCCAGAUCGCUACUAUUGUCAGUGCACACCCCGCUACUCUGGAUCCAACUGUCAAAUAGACAAUGGUUCUCCAUGUGACCGAGGCCCCUGCAAAAAUAACGGAAAAUGUUAUGAGGACAAUACUGGUGAUUACACUUGUAUCUGUCCUCAAGGAUUCGCAGGUAGGAGAUGUGAAAGAGAGACUAAAACUCAUCUAUGUGAUAAUGAUUUCCCAUGCGAGAACAACGGGACUUGUCAUAUUACUGGUGGUGGUAACACUUAUAAGUGCAUUUGUCAACCAGGUUUUGAAGGAAAUGAUUGUGAAAUUGAUGUUGACGAGUGUCUCUCUAGUCCUUGCCAACAUGGAGGAACUUGUACAGAUGGAAUCAAUCGGUUCACUUGUUCUUGUGGAAGGACUGGGUAUACCGGACAAAUGUGUGAAAUAAAUAUCAAUGAAUGUGAAAACAACCCAUGUUUAAACAAUGGCAUUUGUUUUGAUAACUAUGGUGGCUAUACUUGCCAGUGUGCUCCUGGUUUUGGUGGCCAAAAUUGUGAAUUGAAGCUGAGUGAAUGUGCUUCUAAUCCUUGUAGUAUCUACCCUAAUUCUGUUUGCAUCGAAUCCAAUCUUCCUUAUCAAUGUGUUUGCAUGACAGGUUACAAAGGCAUCCCACCCAAUUGUACCAGAAAUGAGAUCUGUAUGAACGGCAACCCUUGUGCGAAUGGUGGCACCUGCCAAACAACCAUUGAUGGCUACUCCUGUAUCUGCUCUCCUGGUUUUACAGGUCCUUUGUGUGAAAAUAACAUUGAUGACUGCAUCUCGUUACCAUGCCAGAAUGGAGGGACUUGUUAUGAUGGUACUUCUGGAUAUCACUGCAACUGUACAUCUGAUUUCAUGGGUCAAAACUGUGAAUUGCCUUAUAAUGCUUGCGCACUCCUCCCUUGCCAGAACAACGGCACCUGCAUUCCCAAGCCGGACGGCAAGAGUUACUAUUGUGAAUGUGCUGAUACCGGAUUUGAAGGAAUUCACUGUGAAAAUAAUAUAAACAAUUGCAUGAAUGAAAAUUGUCCAGAAGGUAAAAUAUGUAUCGAUGGUAUAAACACCUUUAAAUGUGUUUGUGCAAAUGGACUCUCCGGUCCAGACUGUACCAUGCCUCUUGAAGCUGAUCAUUGUACUCCUACAUUUUGCAAAAAUGGUGGAACAUGUAUCGAAGGCCCAAGAAAUUUAACCUGUACUUGUCCGGCUGGAUAUCAAGGCACACAUUGUGAAACUGAUAUUAAUGAAUGUGAUAUUCCUCAAAUAUGUAACAAUGGAAUUUGUGUCAACAGUGAAGGUUCAUACCAAUGCUUUUGCACUCCUGGAUUUUCGGGCGAUCACUGUGAGGUGGAUUUUGACGAGUGCUUAUCUCAUCCUUGCUUCAAUGGAGCCACUUGUAUCAAUAAAAUCAAUGGAUUCAGUUGCACAUGUACGCCAGGCUUCACUGGCAAAGACUGCAGCAUAAACAUUAAUGAAUGUGAAUCAAACCCUUGUAAAAGUGGGGCUCGGUGCGUGGACGAAGUUGCUACUUUUACAUGUAUUUGUCCAGAAGGGCUCACUGGCAGAUUAUGUGAGAACAACAUAGACGACUGUGAGUCAUCACCAUGCCAAAAUAAUGGAAUUUGUAUUGAUGGUUUAAAUAGCUAUACUUGUAACUGUUCCGAAACAGGUUAUGAAGGAUUACACUGUGAAAUCAAUAUUGAUGAAUGUGUCAGUAACCCUUGCAUUAAUGGAGCGCAAUGUAGAGAUCUUGUCAAAGGCUAUAGGUGCGAAUGCUUUCCUGGAUAUACAGGUGUUAAUUGUGAAGUUGAUAUCAAUGAAUGUGAAAGUAAUCCUUGCCAGUAUGGAGGAACAUGUAAAGAGCGCUCAGUUUUGGCAUACUACCUUCCAGAAAAUAGAAACAACAGGUCGAUGACUCAUUCUAUUUUCUCUCAGGAUUUUAAUUUCUCAACAGCAUCUGGUUAUGAAUGUAUCUGCCCUCCUGGUAUACUUGGCGAUAAUUGUGAAAUGAACAUUAAUGAGUGUGAGAGUUCACCUUGCCGCUUCGGUACUUGUUCAGAUCUUGUCGACGGCUACACCUGCGACUGUGAAGAAGGCUUUGAGGGAACCCUCUGUGAAAUUGAAAUUAAUGAAUGCGAAAGAUAUAUGCCUUGUGUUCACGGUGUUUGUCAUGAUGGAAGAGCCAACUACAUGUGUGAGUGCGAUCCCAAAUAUGGUGGAAAGAACUGUUCAGUCGAGCUUACCGGAUGUAAUAAGAAUGAGUGCCUUAAUAAUGGAAAAUGUAAACCCUAUCUUGAAAAUGAAACUAUCCACAAAUUCAAUUGUACUUGUCCAUAUGGUUUUCAAGGUCAAAUUUGUGAAAAGGAAACUACAAUGUUUUAUGAUGGUAAAUCAUAUGGCAUUGUAUCAACAUCAAGAGAAGAAGGCUAUGACAUUCAACUCAGAUUUAAGACUACCUUGCCAGAUGGGCUCUUAGCGAUUGGGAAAGGGUCUACAUUUUAUAUAUUAGAACUAGUAAAUGGAAGGUUAAACCUUCAUUCAAGCCUGCUCAAUAAGUGGGAGGGGGUCUUCAUUGGCUCCGGUUUAAAUGAUAGUAAUUGGCAAAAAGUGUUUGUUGCUAUAAACUCAUCUCAUUUGGUAUUAGCUGCAAACGAAGAACAAACGAUAUAUCCUAUAAAUUUGAAUGAGGGAGCAAAUGCUUCACAUACCAGCUUUGGGACAACUUACCUUGGCGGUGCAAUGGCCUACCUAAGAGCACUUCCUCAUGGACCAUCCACUUUCAGAGGCUGUGUACAAGAUGUUAUGAUAAAUGGUCAAUGGGUGCUUUUACCUGGUGCUGCAAACUCAUCGUCAGUAUCAUUCCAUGGCGUGCAGUUGGGAUGUAAGCGAGAGCCACAGUGCUCUCCUAACCCUUGCUUCAGUGGUGGACAUUGUACUGACUUAUGGAACAGCUUUAGCUGCUCCUGUGAGAGGCCUUUCCUUGGCCAUACUUGCCAAUAUAACUUUACUGCUGCUACAUUUGCACAUGAAAACAUCUCGGACAGUGUUGUAACAGUAGCCGUUGAACCAGCUGCCCGUCGUGCUGUAAGAACCAUCAUGGAUAUCUCCAUGUUCAUCAGAACUCGGGAACCAUAUGGUGGAAUAUUUUAUCUUGGAUCGAAGCCAGAAACUGUGCCAAAAUCAGAAGAAACCAUAAUUGCUGCACGAAUAACUGGAGGGGAACUUCAAGUCAGUAUCCAAUUUAAUGGAUCUUUAGAAUCUUACACAGUUGCUGGAGUAAGGAUAGACACAGGAUAUAAUCAGUUGAUACAGGUUAUUAGAAAUGUAACUCUAAUCCAGAUUAAAAUAAAUGGUACCGAAUACUUUAGGAAGACAAUAACAGUUACUGGUCAGCUUGACCUCCAGAUACUGCAGCUUGGUAGUACGGCUCCACUGUCUCAGGAAAGGAACUUCAAAGGCAUCAUUCAGGAUGUUCAGAUGAGCAAUGGUUCAAGGACUAUGGUGGUCGAGUUCUUCCCCUUGGAUGUAAAAGACCUUGCCCCUCCUCUUUCAUUGGGCAGUGUCAGCUUCGAUAAAAAUUUAGUCCUGCAAGGAAUAAUUAGUGAUGAUAACUGUCGCUCUGAGCCUUGUAUGCAUGGCGGAACUUGUACAGUCACUUGGAAUGAUUUUAGCUGUGCCUGUACUGUUGGUUAUAAAGGCAAGCAAUGUCAGGAGAUGGAGUUUUGUCAAGUACAGGAUUGUCCAACAGGGUCUGAGUGUAGGAAUCUCAACUACGGCUAUGAAUGUGUUGCCAAUAUAACUUUACAUGACCCUGUGAAGCAAAUGUCACCGGGUCUGAAAUACCGUCUUGUACCUGGUGAAGACACUAAUUCUCUGUCAGAUAUUAUGGUCACCUAUCGCAGCAGAACCGGGGGAAAUCUUUUCUUCAUUGGACCUGAUCAGCAUGGAAGUUUCCUUUCCAUUUCUGUCUUUAAUGAUGAGGUCCGUCUUAACUGGAACAUGGGUUUUGGGAAUGAUCAUCGGAAAAUUGUGAAAGAGACGAGAGAUGGCAGCUGGACAAUAAUUACCCUGAAGAUACAAGAGAAUAUGGUAACCGCAGGUCUCAGCGGUGGUUCAGAAGAUUCGGUCACAGUAACUGCCAAUUUCUCCCAAAAAGCUUGGUUGUCAUUGCUCUCCACCUCCAAUAUAUCAAUCGGAGGUUCCGGGGAUACUCUUGCAUUUGAAAAACAUAUCUACAGUACAACUGGUGAAGAGCAGACCAAUGCUUUAGAUAAUGUACAUCCUGAUGCUGAAUUCAGUGGUGGCUCAUAUUACAAAGGUUGCAUUGGAGAAGUUCGAAUCGGUGGGCUGCUCCUUUCUUACUUCACUGCAGAGGAGCUGAACACAACCAACACUUCUGGAAGGUACCAUUUCGAAAUGUAUCCUGGAAGUGAUUUAGGUCAAGACUUUGGCUGCAUCCUGUGCUUUGAUGAGAAGUGUCAGAACAGUGGGAAAUGUGCAAAUGCCACUGAAUCAUACACCUGCGAAUGUGUGGCAGGAUUUGCUGGAGAUGAUUGUUCAGAAAACAUUGAUGAGUGCUUGGAGAACGACUGUAAAAAUAAUUCUACUUGUAUAGAUGGUUUGGCCAACUAUACCUGUCAAUGUCAGCCUGGCUGGGGAGGAUCUCUGUGUGAUGUGGACAUUGACGAAUGCCAGUCAAACCCUUGCUUAAAUAAUGGUUCUUGCAUUGAUCGUCUAGCUCAGUUUGAAUGCAUCUGCCCACCAGAGUUUGUUGGUGACACUUGUGACCAAAUAAAGCAAGUUACUUGUGAAAGUGAGCCAUGCUACAAUAAUGCCGAAUGCAAGGAUGUCUUCAAUUCAGUUACUAAAGAAAAUUUCACAUGCAUCUGCCAAGAAGGUUUUCUCGGUCCAUAUUGUAAUUCUGCCUUUUGUGAGGUUACUCCCUGCCAAAACGGUGGCAACUGUAUCAGCAGCUCAUUGAAGCCUGUAUGUGACUGCACACUUGGAUUCACAGGAAGACUCUGUGAAAUAAAUAUUGAUGACUGCGCUAGUAACCCUUGUGAGCAUAAAGGAAAAUGUAUUGACGGAAUCAACAAGUUCCGAUGUGAUUGUAUGGGAACUGGCUACACAGGGACCACCUGCACCAUUGAUAUUGACGAAUGUGCCACUAAAAUGGCAGACUGUGGCAGCUUUGGUGAUUGCAAAAAUACAGAAGGAUCUUUCUUGUGUAUUUGUGAACCUUCUAAAUGUGGCGUCGGGUGCAAUAUGAGCAACCCAUGUCAUAAUAUGAAUCCUUGUGUUAAUAAUGGCAGAUGCUCUCCAGUGUGUGUUGAUAAACCAGAUUAUGAGUGUAUUUGUCCUUCCGAUUUUAGUGGAAAGAAUUGUAGUGAGUUGCGGGUGCCAGAAUUUGCUGGAACAAAGGUGACAGAUAUUGCCCUUGUCGUAAUACCUAUACUUGGAAUCCUUGUGAUCGCUGGACUCGUUUCUCUGUUUGUAUUCGUUAUGAUGGCCCGGAAAAAGAGAGCUACAAGAGGAACUUAUUCACCAUCGAGCCAAGAAUUUUCAAACCCACGUCUUGAAUUGGACAAUGUUAUGAAACCGCCUCCUGAAGAAAGAUUAAUCUAGUUGCAUCGGACUACUUUUAGCCGUUUUUAUUUUAUGAUGUGGUUUCUAUUGAAAACUGGCUAGCUUAAUUUAGGAAGUGCAUUGAUCAGUAUUCAAAGGUACUGAAAAAAAUGACAUGUUUAAGACUGAAGAGUUUUUGAAUUUUUAUAUCUGAUUAUUAAGUUGAAGUUUCAUUUUUAUGAAAUAUGUCUAAACUUGAAUUUGAAAUAGUUUUUAGUUAUUUUUUCAUUUAUUAAUUUAUUAUAUUUGCGGAUAUGUUAUGGUAUUUUAAAAUAAUUUAAAAAAAAAUUAUUUUCAAGUUUUAAUCUUGAGAAUAUAUUUUAAGUACUUAAAAAAUAAUUCAAUAAUCGAAGUACCAUUUCUGUUUUAAAUAUGAAUUUGAAUUUUAUUUGUAAUUAUUUAAACCAAUUAGAUAAUAAAUUAUUUUUGUAAUAGAGGGAUAUAUUCAGUUUUGUAUAACUGUUGAACAAUUAUUUUUGUUAUUUGUUUUAUGAGUACUGUGUACCAGAAUACGAACCUGUUGGACCUAGCCUGUUUUCAAAGAUCGAAAUGUAAAUAUCAAUUCUAAUUUUCUUUACCAAAGCAUAUUAUAUCAAGAUGAAUUGUAUAUAGGUAUAUAUAUAGAGAGAUAAAGAGUGAGAAACAGUGAUGUUUGGCUAUUUUAUUGUAUUUUUAUGAUUCAUAUUGGUUUUAAUAUUUAUUAUGUAUAGUUAUAUCAAUCAUUAUCUAACAAUUUCUUACUUUUAUUCCAUCUAAGGGAAGUUUUCAUGAAAACAGAUUUACUUCUUCAAUACUUCUGUUUUAUGGGUUUUAGUUUUCAUAGUGCAAUGUGAUAUUUGAAAAUAUUACUGACAGAAAAACUUUUCUCAGGGACCAAAACACCGUUAAAUUAUUCUAAAAAAAAAGUUAAGUAAACUAUUCAUAAACAUUUAUUGAAAGAGAUAAAUAAUGCUUGGUAAUUUUUAAAUGCACUGUGAAAAACAAGUAUUGUUUUUUCUGCGAUCUGUUGUGUUAAAAUUAAAAGAGAAGAGUUAAAAUUGAAAUAUCUAUGCAGUUUAUAAGUAAAUAAUAACUAUGAACAUUAAAUUGCUCCCUUCAAUCAUUGCACAUUAACAAAAAUUUAAAUUACGUGCCUCUAAAAUCAAAGUCAAGCUAAAAAUAAAAUUUAAAAAACAACACACCUGUUUCAUAAGUUUUUCAGAAAGCUUUUAGAUUUAACUAAUUUUCAAUACAAUAUUUUUUCAUUGAAUGAAAAAGUAACUAACCGGAUUAAAAUAAAGUUAUGCUUAUAGUUAAUAGCUGCCACAAUAAUUCAUCAUUUGUGUUGCCAAUAGUUUUGAUUUUUCUAUAAGAAUUAAUAAAUUUUUUAGUGUUACCUUUUUUCAUGUCAAUCUUUUACAUUUUUAAAGAUUCCUUAAUAGAGUCUAUUGGUAACUUACAUCUUUUAUCUGUUACAUUUUAAAAGGUCUAUUCUUGGCUAAAACCUGGUGAUACCUAAACCUACUUUAUUUUUUUCAUUUAAUAAUAUUGUUUAAUACCUGAUGCCUUAAUAUAUAAGUAAGUCGAUUGGUAAGAAUUCCUGACCCACUUAUAGUUCUGUAAUCUAAUAGCCAAUUUGUGAUAAAAUAUUUAAUUAAAAUUUUGUUAACAGUACUAACUACUGAUAAUUCAUCUAUUAUUUAAUAUGGAAACCAUAUCCCUUGCAAAUAAAUUAUCUAUUUUUAUUAUUGUGGGUUGAUGGUUGGCUGUCGUGAAAAAUGAAGAGAAGGAUGGUUGGGGUGAUCAAUCAGAAAUAAAAUGGAAAAAUAAAAAAUAAUAUUUAUUUUAACAUAAUAAAAUAAAUAAUAAUAAAAUCAAUUUAUUUUUGCCAUUUUAUUUCUGACUGGUCACCCCAACCAUCCUUCUCUGCAUAUCUAUUUUUAUAUCUAAAUAUAUAAUAAUAAAAUUGAGUGGUAAAUUAAUUACAAUGAUAUAAAUUAAUAUGCAAUAUAUUUAUUUGCUGAUAGGCUAAAAAUACGGCUGCUCUUUAUUAUUAGUUAUGGUUUCCAAUCAAAUGAUAACCAAUAUUUCUCAAUCUUUUAAAGUAAAUAAUAAAAGUCACUUAAUCAAAUUUUAAAUAUAAUUAAAACUAGGAUUAAAAAAAUUUAUUUUAAGGUUUCUUCUCUUAUUUCAUUUAUAAUAGCUCACAUCCAUCCGAUAGUUAUCAUUAGUGUUUUGAUCUGGAUUACAUGAGGGCAACUCUAAGCAUUAUAUUGAAGAUUUUUAUUGGUAUCAGAACAGACAAGCUUCUGAUUUUGCUAAUUAUAAUUAAUUCAAUUGUAAAAAAAAUGUCAUAAAAUUUACUAUUAGCUACAAUAAUUGUUUUAAAAUGCUCACUUGUAGAAUGGAAGGGACUAGUUUGCCAGUCCAUGGUCUACAUUAUUCAGUUUACAAUGGUUCACAAAUUAUAAAACCCAUUAUUUUUUUGGUAGAAUAGCUUUAAUUUGGUGGCUAUUAAUUAUACAAAAUAUUAUUUUAAACAGUCAUUUCUCUCAUCGAGCACACACUGUUGUUUAAAAAAUGUAUUGUCAAUUCUGUUUUUUUAUCUAUUAUAUUUAAUUGAAGAAAAAAAAAAGAAUCAAGUGUGAUUCUUAUAACAAUGUAAUUUAAGGAUGUCUUUUUACUGGCACAGCUUUUAUGUGAAAAAUGUAUUUAUUUUAUAGAAUAUUGAUUAAAGAAUGUAUCAAAUAUUUGUAAAUUUUAAUCGAUGUAGUGUAUAUUUUUUAUAAUUUAAUGUGGCAACAUUCGCAUUUUUAAUUGAAUUGAACCUAUCUUUGUUGUAUAUUUAUAAAAAAUAUAAUUUUUUUUAUUAUUAAACUGAAAAUGAAUUAUAAUUUAUAUGUGUGACAAUAUCUUGAAAUCUUCAGCUCAUAAUAUGUGUAUUGAUAAUAUAGUAUUAUAACUUAAGUUGAUAAGGUUUUAGCAUCGUGCCUUUUAGUGAAAAUGUUGAAAUGUGCCUUGUUUUGGAUAUUUACUAAAAUUGUUAUUUUAUGAAUGAUUUUUUUCUAAAAUGAUCUGAUCUCAAUUGGUUAACAUUCCAUUCUGAUAAGCAACUAUUAUUGAAUAAUUAUAGAGGUAUUUCAGAUCAAUGUAGUGUGUCAUAUGUAUGAAAUAUUAUUGUUGUACUUAAGUGUUGAAUUUAUUUUGUACCUUAUCAAUAUUGUUGUUUUCUAUUUCUAUAUUUGUUUUAUUUUUUUUAUGUAGAUAUUUUUUGUAAAUAUAUACAUAUGUUUGUAUUAUGCAAAUGAAAUCAUUCCACUUGUAAAAUAAUUAUUUUGUUUUGGACAUUUUAUUAAUUUUUAAAGUAUAUUAAAUUGAUAUUAAUUCCGUCCAGCAAAUAAACAAUAUAUUUUAUAAUG